UUGGAAGGAAGGUGAGUUCCUGAGGAGCUGGGGAUGUUGCUGCCUUGUUCGAGGAGUCUGUUCCAAGAGCAAGGGUCCACCUUGGGCAACCACGGAGCAAAAGCCCCUGAUUUGUAUUGAUGAUCCACUUAGGACCAGGAUGGGAUGGCUGACAGCACUGCAGGUCCUGAACUUCUGCAUUAAUGUGAUGGUGGGGAAGGCAUGGGACCGCAAAAGCGCAAAACCUUUUGAGGAAGAUGAUGCAUGCUGAUACUCAGCAGAUGGUAACACAAAACCACCCAGAAGCAGAAAGGAGGGGGGAAGUCCACUUACUUGUUUGAGCUGCUGAGAAUCUAGAGAGGAUGCUGUAAGCGUGUGGGAGAAGGGCAAAGGGAUGCUGGCUGCCAGCAGUCCUGCAUGCGGAGAUUUUUUUCAUGUGCUAGUUGAACAUGUUCCCCAGAAAAAAAGGGUCUGGCAGAGAUGGGGAUCCUCCCUGUUUCCUACAGCACUCAUUUCUGGUGGAUGCUCUGGCAGAUGAAGCAGGAUCUGCUCUGGAGAGAAGAGAUAAGGAGAAAGGAGAUAAUUUUUUGCCCCUUCACCACAGACAAUUUCUCAUGUGUCAGUGCAAAAGCAGAACCCACUUUUACCGAGUCUCGGUAGUGCGUGCGUGCCGCCCCUCGCUGCACGUGCUGAGGAAGCACCUGAGCACCCGGAGCACCUGAAGGUAGCGUGGCAUGCAGCACAACCGUCCUGUAUCAGUGAAAGACGAGGAGGAGCAUCGACUAAAUGUCAGCCACGCAAGGGUGUGUCACGAGCCUCUUGCAGAGGUGCAGGAAGUAUAAAAGGCAGAGGUUCCCAAAGAGGGUCCCUGGAAGGAGCUGCGGCGUGCUGAGCUGUGCUGGAACCUAUGAUGCUCUUGCGAACCUGGUGACUUCAUCUCCCUUCACAACGAGACCAUGGAGAGUGGCAAGCAGCUAAAGGUCACCCUUGUUUUCAGCCUUCCUCUAAUUUUUCAGUUCUGUGCCGGCAACAAUGUCACCGAUGACUAUGACUCCAACAUCACCAUCGACUACACCAUGUUCGAGACCCUGUGUGAGAAGGAGGAAGUCCGUAACUUCCGCGCUGCCUUCCUCCCAGCCAUGUACACCCUCAUCUGCUUCACGGGGCUGCUGGGGAACGGGCUGGUGAUGCUCACCUACAUCUACUUCAAGAGGCUCAAGACCAUGACGGACAUCUAUCUCCUGAACCUGGCCCUGGCAGACAUCCUCUUCCUGCUGACCCUCCCCUUCUGGGCCACAAGCGCAGCCAUGCACUGGCUUUUUGGGGAGUUUGCCUGCAAAGCCGUCUACUGCAUCUGCAAAAUGAGUUUCUUCAGCGGGAUGCUGCUCCUCCUGUCCAUCAGCAUCGACAGGUACUUUGCCAUCGUUCAGGCUGCCUCAGCCCACCGCUUUCGUCCCCGGAUGAUAUUCAUUAGCAAGGUUACAUGCAUCCUCAUUUGGCUCCUGGCCUUCAUCCUCUCGAUCCCUGAGCUGGUUCACAGUGGUGUAAAUGACCCUGACAACCAUCCCCGUUGUUCUAUCAUCGCUAACGACCUGCAGACCUUCAACACUGGCAUCAAAGUGUCCCAAAUGGUUUUUGGCUUCUUAUUUCCCCUGCUGGUCAUGUCUGUCUGCUACCUCAUCAUCAUCAAAACAUUACUCCAGGCCCGCAACUUUGAGAAGAAUAAAGCCAUCAAGGUCAUCAUCGCCGUGGUAAUCGUCUUUGUUGUCUUCCAGCUGCCCUACAACGGCGUCAUGCUGGCCAAGACCAUCUCAGCCUUCAACCACACCAGCUCAUGCGAGGAGAGCAAGAAGCUUGACGUGGCGGAUGACGUGACCUACACCCUCGCCUGCUUCCGAUGCUGCCUCAACCCUUUCCUCUACGCCUUCAUCGGUGUCAAAUUCCGCAAUGACCUCUUCAAGCUCCUGAAGGAGCUGGGCUGCCUGAGCCAGGAGCGCCUCUGGCAGCUGUCCACCUGCCGCGAGAGCAAGAGGUUUUCCUUCGCUAUGGAGACAGAGACGACCACCACCUUCUCCCCAUGAGCCAAGCUCCCAGCAGGCUUUGGCCAAGCUGGAACAGUUUUGUACACGUCCUCUGUUCUGAGAUACUGGUAGAGCAAGACCUGCCGCUGCUGUAGGAAAGGCAGCUGCAGGAGGAAAACCCAGGAGCAUCCCCCUAUUCCAGGCAACAAGCACUGCUAGGCAAUACUCCUGUGGAUGGAGAGGCUUGAAUAAAACUGUGACCGUUAGCAAAGCAAGGGAGAGGGAGGCCAGUCAGUUUAGAGUUCUUAUGUCAUUUCACCUUUCUUUUAGUCUUUAGUCAAAAUGAGAAAUGCUCGAAAUGGAACAUUCUCCCUAAAAGCAACAAAUACCAAGAGAAACGGAUAUUUGCGCAACAGAAUUGCUUGCUUUAGAGCUGAAUGUCCAAGAGCAUCAUCCUGGCUUGGAAUGGUGCUUUUAACAAGUCUACAUAUUGCUCUUCCAUGCCUACAAAAAUUAUGCCCGUUGCACUGGCUCAGUCUUCAAGACAGGACAGCACCAGCCUCAGGCGCCAAGCUUAAUCCAAUAUGCAAUAUAAGCUGCGGAGUAUCCUAGCACACCGUUCUCUGCUCUGCCUUCCCCCAUGAAAAGCCAGAAAUUUCCAUAACUAAUACUAAAUCCACACAUAUGGUAUAAACAAUUCCAAGAAUGUUGUCUAUUAUUGUAGCAACUCCUACGUUUGUCAGGAAAAUACCAGUUCUGCUUCAUUUCUACCUGCAUCUGGUGUUUCACCUACAAAGAAGGUGCAUCCUGAGAAGCACAAGGUAUUAUUAUUCCAUCCCAACGUGGGCUUGAAUCCAUUAGAAAUGCUGCUCCGCUCUGGAAAUAGUCUCCUUGAGCUUCUGGAAGGGCACCUGUCUGCACCAGGUGGAGGUAGGGGCAGCUGGCACAGGUUAGAUUCAACCUGCUUGCGCAAAGAAAAAUGGGUUACAAGCUCCAAAUGACCCAUGUCUUUCCAAUCCCCAAGCACACAAAUCUGAGCUGAGAAACAGGUACUUCUGCACCGAUCCAGCCAGCUGCUUAAAAGACAUCUUUAUCGCUCGGCCAUCCAGCCUGUACCAGUGUCACCCUCACUCUCGAUGGGCUGAGGGAUGGUUUGCUCACUCACUUGGUAUAAAGAUUUUAGCAGACUGGCGCCAGAAUCCUCAGAAUGUUAAAGGCUGAAGCCCAGGGCAAAUGCAUGUGCAUUUCUUAAGGCAAAAACACUCAAAUUCAGGAUACAGUUGUGCCUAUGGUUCAACCCCUUCAGCGUGCCAGUGGCCAAAGCUCACUUGUACCCAGCUGUAUCGGCUGCCUUCUGUGCUAUUGCUUCUGACCUCGAGACAUAGAGAAGAAUGUGGGGUUUCUUCUCCCUUCCCCAUCAGCGUGCCUUUCUAGAAGGACAUUAGCAGCUGGCUUUUAACUCAGACGUGUAUUUCACAUAUAAGCUAUUGAGAACGUGUUUUGCAUCCAGACUGUCAGGGCUAAUAAAGAUGCCAUUCACUGCGGCUGGAUUUAAACGCCGGGACAGUCACGUGUGGAAGAUUACUGCCAGGGUCACCUACUUGAAAGGAACGUGGCAGCUGAACAACAGAUUAUUGUCAUGUAAAAUAAGACCUUGAAAAGAAGCCCAGAAUAUAAUGCCAGUUGGCGCUUCUACUGGAAGAGGGAAGAUUCCUACGACAGAUGAAUACCCUGGGAACUGCUUGUCAUGCGACAUCUGAAUGUCACCCGGGGAGGAGCUGCUGCAAUUGUUUGGGCAUCUGUCAUGGAGGUGCAAGUGGUAAAAGCCCCGCAGAGCACAGCUCCCGGGAGCCAGACGUCAAUGGGAAAAGGUUUGGCCAGGAGCUGCGGGGCAGCAGUAGCCCGGCUGAGCCGAGGCACGGAGCCUCACCCUCCGGAGCAGCACCUCAACCCGCUUGUAGAAGCUGUUAAGGCACAUUCCAGUGGACACAUGGAGCAAAACACACUUUACUAAAAAGAUGUUUAUACUUUAUUCAAUACCACGCAUGGAUCCAUCAGGAGCGAUACAGGGAACUCCCUGGAUCAUCAGUUGAACACCUUUGCUUUAGAGACGUGAGAAUGAAAAUCAACCUUCCAAGGAAAGACUUCGGUGAGCUGGUUUUGAGACAGUGUCGCCAGUUAUAUAGCUGGCUGCCAUCAUAAUGAAAUAAAUUCUUCAUAAACCAUUUGGCUUUGGGGUAUGGGAUUUUGCCAAGAGCUGGGAUUCAGGAGGAGAGCACCUUCUGCUCCACGUGACCGGAGCUACAAUCCCCCCCAAUCCUUCAAUGCAUUUUCUCUCGUAAUGCCCACGCAACGUACAGAAGCGCUGCUUCUCCAUGGUGCAAACUGCGGGGUUAUGACUGACACCCAAUAGUCAUCUGUUCUGGGUUUGUUCCUACAGCCCUGACUCAGGCGAGAUGCUCAGACAACAAGAACUUCACCAGAGCAAGGACUACCCAUAAUACAGGGUCUUUUUCGUUUUCUUCAUCAGUAACAAUAUAUUCUUAAUGUGUAUUCAUAUAUGUAAAGCUGCUUUACACAGGGAAAAAGUAUGUAUGUGAAUGUACCCUGAAAAUGCACUGCUUUCACUAAAAUUUUAUACAAAAUAGAUUCACCUAACUUAUUCUAGCAAGGAGCAUUGCUUCACCAAAACAUGCAACUGUACUUGACUCCUGUUUGAUAAAAGCCAUCCUCCCUUCUACAGACUGGGGGGGUCUUCAGGUCUUCACCAGCUCAGUGUAUUCUAAAUGGGAAAACACGCAGCUGCUGCCCUACAAAUGAGGUACUAAAAGCAUCAUCUGGUGCCACCUCAGCAAGACAGCAGUGACUUCAGAGUGCAGGGCUGUUCUUUCUUUUUUUUUUUUUUAAUUUUAUUUAAUGGUCAGGACAAAUUUGCCACUCAUUUAGAUGAAUCACAUUAACAUUGGCCUUAGAUCCUAACCUGAGAUUCCCCACUGAAGUCUGAAAACUGACUGUAUUUUGCUAUUUGUGGAAAAUAAAUUAUAACAAUUUAAAAAAAAAAGAAAAAGGUACCGUUGUUUUUCCAUUGUAUUUCCUCCAUAGGACAUAUUUUGUAUGUAUCAUAACAGCUCGUAUCACAUCCUUCUGGUCCUGUCAAGAGCUGUUUGUCAAUUAACCUACCUUUGUACCAGUACUGCCCUGCAGAAAAAAACCAAACUAAAUAGAAAAAGAGCUGGUUUACUUCAAUUGUUGAUGAAUUACACAGUAAACAAGUCACCAACACAUUAAGUAGUAGCUUUUAUUUUAACUAUUUACCCCACCGCCUUAACGCUGCUCCACUACUGGAUAUACCUGAUGGCUCCUUAUCACUGAAAAGCCUAUAUAGGAAAUAAAAUGUUGUACCGUUUUCUUGUUCACUUUCAAAUGUAAGAAGUCCAUCAUGAAAUACCGUAUUACUGGGAAAAUUGCUCAAGGUAGAGGCAGGGACCACAAGGGCACAGACCGUUUCUCCCUGACCUCCCCAGUGAAUUUAUGCAAAGAGGGAUGUUCAAUAGCCUUUACCAAAAAGUGGUUUAGAAUUGCAGCCAUGGAAUCAAAGAGGAAGGAACCUCCAAGAAAACCAGGAGACAUGAAGCUGGAUGGUUAAGUGCCAAAACUAAGGACCAUUUCUGCUUUCGCUAGACAGCGCGCCUCUCUCAUGGUUUCUCCCUAGAGAGAAAGCAUUAAGACCAGUUUCAGCACCCAGCCCAGAGGUUCCAGCAGCGAUAAGGAACAUCUCAAGACCACAGCACCGCAACGCAACUCUAGAGAAUAACAGUCUAAACACAAGGGUCUUUAAAUAAACAUUAGGUCUCGCUUGCCACGGCUAGGUCAGAAGUCACGACUGCCCCGAGUCCGUGUUGCUCAGCCGUGAGAGAUGCAGGCGGCUGCAACAGCAGCAGGAACUGCAGCACGCGCGGUACAGAAGCAGAACCAGGGAGCUGCAGAGAACCACCACGCUGAACAGGUCCCUGUGCUUCUCCGAGUUGACCCUGAGCCAAGCUUUUCAACAGGAAAGAUCCCAAAUUUUAAGAAAACGGGAGACUCCAACUUGCAACCCUAAUUUAAACAAGUAAAAACUCAGCCCACCAAGCAAUCCUCCGAGGUCACACCUUACAUCACAAAUACCCCGGCCAAAGCACACAGAACCUGCUACAGGAAGAGAGGUGCAUUUCUAGGAUGGAUUUAACCCAUUUUAGUACCUUUCACCAGCAAGACAGAGAAAGAAGCCUCCUUUUACAUUUCACUAAGGGACUGGAACCAAUCACUAGGGGACUGGGACCAAUCUCAGGUUUCAAUCUUCUUUCAAAAGUCAAUUAAAAAAGCCCAGCCCUCACUACAGAAAGGAGCUGCUGGUCUGCAAUAAACUACACGCAAAGCAGAAGAGACAUCUACCACCUCGUCCCAGCCAUGGGGACUCCAGGUGGGUCCUGCCAUCCCUUCUCCAAGUCACCGUGGGAAACCUCUUCAUUGCUUAGAAGCCCUGGACUCCUCAUUGCUCCAAAUAAAGUAUCGCUGCUAAUUGCU